AUGACCGACGCGGACGGUGCGACCUUCACGGUCGGCUCUACGACCGCUGGCGCAUCAUCAUCCACGAACGCACCGACCUUUGCCUCGGCCUCCGAUCCACCGAGCUCCAGCGGCUACCUCGACGAUCCCUCCUCUUCCUCCUCUCUUGCGCCCACCUCUCUCUUCUCCCAACUAGCGCAACGUCAACUCGACCUAUCGCAGGCCGAAUACGACGACUCUUCCGCCUGGCGCUCCUCUUCACGUCGUCGCAAACACCGUCGGCGCAGAAGAGAUAGCGAUCACAGCAGCAACAGCAGCACUGAUUCUUCACACGAUCGAGCCCUUCAAAAGGAAUGGGACGAGCAACUGGAUCAGUUGAAGUUGAUGUUUCAGAUCAUCAUUUUUCCUUUUGCCGGCAAGUUUUUCGGUAGGAAGUUUGGAUACUUUUUGUUCAAUCGGUACAAGACGCUAGGGACGCCCUUUGCGGCGGCUUUCUGGCGAGGCGCCUCGUCCACCGCAUAG